CCUGCAAAGACGCCGAGCAAGAUGAGCGGGUCCAUUGGCGACAAGAUUGAGGAUUUUAAAGUCCUCACCCUUCUUGGCAAGGGUUCCUUUGCAUGUGUUUACCGUGCAAAAUCAGUGAAUACUGGUGUGGAAGUUGCAAUCAAAACGAUUGACAAAAAAGCUAUGCGCAAAGCUGGUAUGGUCCAGCGUGUGACUAAUGAAGUGGAGAUCCAGUGCAGAUUGAAGCACCCUUCAAUACUUGAGCUGUACAACUACUUUGAAGACAGCAACUAUGUGUACUUGGUGUUGGAGAUGUGCCAUAAUGGAGAAAUGAGCCGGUUCCUAAAAGACAGGAAGACGCCUUUCUCUGAAGAUGAAGCACAACAUUUCAUGCAUCAAAUAGUAAAGGGUAUGCUAUACUUGCAUACACAUGGCAUCAUGCAUCGGGACUUGACCUUGUCAAACCUUCUGCUGACAAGCAACAUGAACAUAAAGAUUGCUGACUUUGGCUUGGCCACCCAGCUGAAGCUUCCAAAUGAAAAGCAUUUUACCAUGUGUGGAACACCCAACUAUAUCUCCCCUGAGGUGGCCACCCGUAGCGCCCAUGGCCUGGAAUCCGAUGUGUGGUCCCUGGGCUGCAUGUUCUAUGCCUUCCUGAUGGGCCGCCCACCAUUUGACACAGACACUGUAAAACACACCCUUAACAAAGUGGUUCUUGGGGAAUACGAGAUGCCCAGCCAUGUAUCUUUGGAAGCACAGGAUUUGAUUCGGCAGCUCCUGCAGAAGGACCCUGCCCAGCGACCCAGCCUGUCAGCAGUGCUGGACCACCAGUUCAUGACCCAGAGCCCGCUGGUCAGAACCAAGGCACUGGGGAUGGGGGACGAAGGUUCAAUAGACAGUGGCAUUGCCACCAUCUCCACAGCCUGUACGUCCUCCGUCUCAGCCAACAGCAGCAAUCGCCUCCAGAGGAAAGCCAGGCAUAUGAUAGGAUCCACCCUGCCCAACCGUAUGACACCCAUUCCAGCUCUACCGUAUCAGCCCACUAGUGCCUGUUUUGAGGAUGGGGAUCAGUGGCAGCAGCAGCAAGCUGAGAGAGCUCCCAGAGAGGGCAGGCAUAGGGUAAUUCAUGCAGGGGAGGGUAUACUGCCCCACUCUCGUUACCUAAGGAGGGCUUACUCCUCCGAUCGCUCAGGCCCUACUGCACAAAGCCAAGGGAUGUGCCAUGCUGAGCUGGGGAGAUGCCACUCAGAGGAGACUCUUACUGGCUCAGGAAAACCAGUGUUUCCUACAUCCUCCAGUCUACACCCCUAUUCAGAGCAUGGAAGGCUCCCGACGCCCCCUGUCAAACAGCCCGCCAACUCUGGAUGCUUAUCAUCUGCUCAGACUGUACAUCCACCAGGCUUGCAGUUCCAAGACUCAGAUGGUGUUUCUAACUGGUUCAACAAAGAAGGUUCUGGCCCGAGGCCCACAGACAACAGUGGUCACAGCAGCAGCAGCUUCCAUAGUGGCAGAGAGCCUCUGGGGGUGCACAACUCCUGGACUGACACACCACUUGGCCGAGGGGCCAAUCCUCCACACAACCAGUACCAGCUCCAUCACCCCCAUGUCCCCCACCCUGACUCAUACAGGGAGAAUGUACCCACUGCAGAGUUUCAAGCUCUCAGCUUAGCCAAGCCCAGUGCCGACAGGGAAAAGAGGUUUUUGAGAGAUGUGCUCCCUCCCCUGUGUGCUUCCAGACUGAAACCCAUCAGGCAGAAGACCAAAAAUGCUGUGGUGAGCAUCCUCGACACAGGGGAAGUGUGUAUGGAGCUGUUAAAGGGCCAAGGCACUCAAGAAAGGGUCAAAGAAGUCCUGCGGAUUUCCUGUGAUGGUUCAAUGGUGACGAUAUACCAGCCUAAUGAUGGAAAGGGUUUUCCAGUGCUCGAUUGCCCCCCUGCUCCCCCUGAGGACAUUCUGAUUUGCAGCUAUGAGGACCUUCCAGAGAAGUACUGGAAGAAAUACCAGUACGCUUCCAAGUUUGUGCAGCUGGUGAAAUCCAAGACUCCCAAAGUGACCCUUUACACCAAGUAUGCUAAAUGCAUGCUGAUGGAGAACUCUCCAAACGCUGACCUGGAGGUCUGCUUUUAUGACGGAGCAAAGACCCACAAGACAUCAGAGUUGGUGCGAGUGGUGGAGAAGAGCGGGAAAUCAUGCACGGUGAAAGGUGAAGUAGGGCUGAGCGGCCUGAGCCCAGAGAGCAGGCUGUAUGUAGAGAUGUCAGACGAAGCCCACAACAUGUGUCUCUCUCUGGAGGCCGCCAUUGCCGCAGAGGAGCAACGCAGCACCAGGAACACGCCAUUCUUCCCCAUAACUAUUGGCAGGAGACCUGCCAGCCCUGACUCCCGGUGUCCACCAUCAUUGCCAUUGCAAUCAGCCCCCACCGAUGAUGUAGCCUCACCUCCGCAAGCUCCUCGUAUUACUCCUUCGAUGAUCUCAUAUGAUGGUUCUGACUUCACCUCAGCUAGCAUGACUAAGAAAUGCUCCACAGUGAGACAUGACCCAACACACAAUACGGGAAAAGUGGUCAAGUCGAUAUUUGUACCCAACAUUGGCUGGGCUUCACAGCUGACCAGUGGAGAAGUCUGGGUGCAGUUUAAUGAUGGAUCGCAGCUGGUGGUGCAAGCAGGUGUCUCUUGCAUUACCUACACAUCUCCAGAGGGCCGGACUACCAGGUAUAAGGAAAAUGAGAAGUUGCCAGAGCAUGUGAAGGAGAAGCUACAUUGUCUCUCCAGCAUCCUGGGGCUGUUGGCCAACCCAGCAGUUCAUCACCUACAAAAACCUCAUUAACACACCCUGGGUCAUAAGCACGUCUGAGCCCAGCAGAGUCCCGGAAGGGAAUGAAAUAGCAUUAUAGACUUUUUGUUGUUUGUGUUUCAUCAGUGUUUUGUAAAUAUUGCCUUUUUAU